GAGGUUAUAAAAACACCCACGCCGUAGUUUUCCAGCCACCUUCCACGCACAAAUUAUCCGGCGAAUAUCCCAUUUGACUGCCCUCAGCGGCCGUUGGAGCAGUGGGUCAAACACCGACGCUAAAACUGGAGCUAUAACUUAAACAACGGGGGCUCCCGUUUAGCAGCGCCAUAGCAGCUUACCACCAAGCGCAGUGUCAUCACUUGCUGCUCUCACUGAAACGACUCUCGUUUCGGAGGAGUGCAAAUUGAUACACCGCAAAAAUCAAACCACUGCCGCCGCACAUCCUCCAAGGAAAUAAAUCAACCGAAUCAAAGCAAAAAUGGUUCAAAACAAGAUCACCGAAGUCACUGGAUUCCAUCGCUCUUUCAAGGGUCAAAAUCCCUUUGAAUUAGACGACUUCACCAAGAAUGGAUCCCAUCACCUUGAUUCUUCAUUUAAAUUUGGUUCUGCCCCAAGACACGAUAUGCCUUCAAGCCAGCCUAUUGACAUUCCCGAUGCCAAGAAGAGAAACAAGAAGAAAAAGCGUUGCAGGGCAACUGACAGUUUCUCUGGACGAUUUGAAGAUGUCUACAGACUCCAGGAAGAAGUACUAGGAGAGGGUGCCUAUGCCAGAGUGCAAGCUUGCAUCAGCCUUAUCACCAACAAAGAAUAUGCUGUCAAGAUGAUUGAAAAAAGACCAGGUCAUAGCCGCAGCCGUGUCUUCCGUGAGGUGGAGAUGCUUUACCAGUGUCAGGGCCACAGGAAUAUCCUGGAGCUGGUGGAGUUUUUUGAAGAGGAAGACAAAUUCUACCUGGUCUUUGAAAAGCUCCGAGGAGGGUCAGUCCUGGAGCAAAUUCACAAGAGGCAGCACUUCAGUGAGCGGGAAGCCAGUCUGGUUGUCUAUGACAUCGCCAGCGCUUUAGAUUUCCUGCAUAACAAAGGAAUGGCUCACAGAGAUCUGAAGCCCGAAAACAUUCUCUGUGAGAGUGCAGACAAGAUUUUUCCACUCAAGAUCUGUGACUUUGACCUGGGCAGUGGGAUCAAACUGAACAGUGACAGCUCUCCCAUCUCUACCCCUGAACUCCUCACUCCUUGUGGCUCAGCAGAGUACAUGGCGCCUGAAGUCGUGGAGGCCUUCAGCGAAGAAGCGACAAUCUAUGACAAGCGUUGCGACCUGUGGAGCCUUGGAGUCAUCCUCUACAUCAUGCUGAGUGGUUAUCCGCCGUUUGUCGGUCGAUGUGGCGGUGACUGCGGAUGGGAGCUGGGAGAACCCUGCCACACCUGCCAGAACACUUUGUUUGAAAGUAUCCAGGAAGGAAAGUACGAGUUUCCAGAGAAGGAUUGGGCUCACAUCUCCUCAAGUGCCAAAGACCUGAUAUCCAAACUUCUGGUUCGGGAUGCCAAAAAACGUCUGAGUGCGAGCCAGGUUCUGCAGCACCCAUGGGUACAAGGGGGAGCGUCUGACUCUUUAUCAAAAUCAAUCAUCCACCAGAGAAACAGCAGUGCUGUGGAUCUAACGUUCUUCGCAGACAAGGCCAUGGCCGUAAACCGGCAGCUGGCUGAACAGGACGGUAUGGAAGAGCAGCAGCAACAGGAAGUCCCGCUGGUGAUCGCUGCUGGAGGCUCCUCCAUGCGCCUCUCUCCUCCAUCCAACUCCAAGCUGGCGCGGCGCCGGCAGAGGGGCAGCCAGCCGAAGGGGGGGCCUGUCUCUGCUGCAGAGCUCUGUCAGCUCUUGGCCCCUCUCGUCAUUGUAGGAGACUGUGCUUGAACCUUUCCAAACCUGGAGUUCUCAACCUCAUUUACAAGAACUCUCUGGACUGGACUGAUCCGAGAUCCUUCCCCGUUUUGGCUCCUCUUUGACUCUUGGUUCCUCUGUUCUCUGGCUUCGAUGCCGACCUGUGAAGAAGGGUGGCGCUUUCAGCCAUCCCUCUGAAUGCCUUCUACCCUUAUGCAGCACUUCUGAAGCACAUCUACACAGGACCUGCAUAGAGCACAUUCAGGUUGGGGAGGAGGGUCGGCUCAUGAUUUGGGAAAGUGUUUCUUCUCUUUAUGACUCAGUUUAAAAGUCCAAACUUUAAAACUAAGCUCAGACACCAAAGGACUACCUGUUGUGCUGCUCCCAUGUUACAACUGGAUCCACUGUGAAUUAAGUUAUCUGGAACGUUCUUUUUGCCUGUAUGUGUACACACACACACACACACACGAGCGGCCCAGACUUAAAAGCUUAUGCAAUAUGCCAAUAUGAAGGCUGUUCUGUCUCUAAUGGAUUCUGUAUCCGAGAGGUUCAAAGGGCUUAAAGCCAAUUCUGUCUGUGCCUGGUGCAGUCCGCUCUGUGGCUAGAGACUGCUCAGACCCCCACCCCCCCAUAUACUGCAGAUCAUUUUCUUAUAUCUGAGUAUGUGUCUGAGAAAGAGCGUGCACUCAUCAGCCCGGUGGCCAUGCACUUAAUGCUGUAAGAGCAAAGAAUGUUAAUCUGUCCCUUUUUCAGUUUGUCUCCUCCACGUUAUCAGCCGCCGCAGCUCUUGUUUUCAAGUCUGAUGGCAUGAAGAUUGAACAGUUUGUGGUACGGGGGGUCUGGCCACCCAAAAUUAUUUCUUUUUUUUUUCUUAUCAGGCCAAUUUCAGGUUCUCUAAAUUGUUUAACAAGUGAAAUUGGGGCAGUGUUACUUUCAUUGUAAGCAAUCCACUUUUUUUUUUUUUUCUACAAGUAGAAUUUUGUAUAUAUAUAUUUUUUUUCUACUGUUGAAUUUGUGCAUUUGAUAUAACCUUAAAUAUUUUGCAAGUAAAGGUUAGAAAUCCUUGAAGGGGUUUGAAAAAGCACACGGCCACUGUGACCAGAGUAUCUUUAUUUUAUUAUUCUUUUGCUCUCUAUUGGAUCCGUUAAAAAUUUGACAAAUCUUGAUUUCUUUUGCCACGCAGAAUUUCCAGAACUCAACUACUU